AUGGUGAAACGUACUUACGUUGACAAAAAUGGAACGACAAAAGGUGCGUGGACAGAAGAAGAAGACCAUAAGUUGAGAGCUUAUGUUGAGCGUUUCGGCCAUUCGAACUGGAGAUUGCUUCCCAACUCUGCAGGUCUAAAUAGAUGUGGAAAGAGUUGCAGAUUGCGAUGGAUGAACCACUUGAAACCUGGCCUAAAACGAGGGGGUUUCACCCAAGAAGAAAAAGAUCUUAUCGAAAAACUUCAUCAUCAACAUGGAAACAAGUGGUCUGCCAUAGCAGCAGAAUUACCUGGAAGAACAGACCACGAAAUAAAGAACUACUGGCAUGCACAUCACAAGAAUUAUCGUGAUCAAAGCAAACCUAGUAAAUCAUCAGACCAAGAGCUUUCAAGCUGCAGCAGUGUAGUUACUUCUUCUGUUGCUCCAAAAUUAAGCCACAUCUCACCUCUUCAAUUAUUCAUUUUGGAAUCCAAUGAUUCAUCCACGCAACAAAAUUGCUCCAACGUAUCAGCCAUCACCACUCAAAAUUCUGAUGGAUUUCAUGAUACUUUCUGGACCCAGCCAUUCAUGGUUGAAACAGAUUCCGACUAUGAUUAUGAUUUUAGUGUUUUUUCUCCUCUCUUCCAUAUACCUGACUCAUAUAUGUUGUAG